AUUUGCCCUUCCAAACAAAGUAUAAUUGUGAUUUCAACAUUCAGUAGUCCAAUACUCAUGGCUCCCCUCCGUCUGCUUACAUCAAUGGGCUACCCCGAAAUCAUAUUAUCACUCGCAAUCUUUCUCCUUCUCCGCCGCCUGAAGAAUGGCUACGGCGUACUCUGGAACUUCCCGCUUGUCGGAAUGCUGCCGGGGCUUCUCCUCCGAAUCCCUCGCUUUCACGACCGCAUCACCGCCAUCCUCAACCAAAGCGCGUGGACUUUCUCCUUCAAAGGCCCCUCCUUCGCCGCCAUGGACAUGCUCUGCACCACCGACCCCUCCAACGUCCACUACAUCAUGAGCAAAAACUUCUCCAAUUUCCCCAAAGGCUCGGAGUUUCACAAGUUCUUCGACUUUUUGGGCGACGGGAUUUUCAACUCCGACGCCGACGCGUGGAGGAACCAGAGGAGGAUCGCUCGGGCGUUCCUGGGUCACAACCGGUUCAACCGAUUCUUGGUGGCGGCGACGAAGAAUAAAGUGGAGAACGGGCUGGUGCCGGUUCUCGACCGCGUGGCCGAACGGGGACUGGUCGUGGACUUACAAGAUUUUUUUAAAAGGUUUAUGUUUGACGCCACUUGCCAACUGGUCACCGGCUACGACCCGGAAAGCCUCUCCCUCCGGCUGCCGGAAGUCCCGUUCUCGACGGCCAUGGACGAUGCUGAGAAAACCGUGUUUCGACGACAUAUCUUGCCGGAAAGCUACUGGAAGUUGCAGAGGUGGUUGGGAGUGGGAGAGGAGAAGAAGCUGAGCAAAGCAUGGGAGACUAUAGAUCAUUUUGUAGAUAAGUGCAUAUCAAUGAAAAGAGAAGAAUUGAGAAAAAAAGAAGGAGAAGAAGAAUGGGUUGGGGCUGAUCUAUUAACAUUGUAUAUGAAAGAAGAUGAGCCAACUGGGGAUGAAACACUCGUACUCGACGACAAGUUCCUGAGAGACACCAUCGUGAACUUCAUGCUCGCCGGCCGGGACACCACCGCCGCCGCUCUUACUUGGUUCUUCUGGCUUCUCUCUAAAAACCCAUCAGUCGAAACCAAGAUCAGGGAAGAAUUGGCACUAAAAGCGAAGCGAGGUCGUUUGUUCGAGGCAGAAGAGCUAAACAGGCUGGUCUACCUACACGCAUCGUUGUGCGAAGCGUUGCGGCUGUACCCUCCGGUGCCGUUCGAACACAAGGCGCCUCUCCGGCCGGACAUACUUCCGAGCGGGCACCGGGUGGAUCCGAAGGUGAAGGUGGUUUUCUCGUUGUAUUCAAUGGGGAGGAUGGAUUGUUUGUGGGGUGAGGAUUGCUUGGAAUUCAAGCCAGAGAGGUGGAUGUCGGAGCGAGGAGGGGUGAAGCAUGAGCCGUCGUACAAGUUCAUGGCGUUUAAUGCGGGGCCCAGGAGUUGUUUGGGGAAGGAGGUGGCUUUUACUCAGAUGAAGGCGGUCGCCGCUACCAUCAUCAGCGGCUAUGGAGUUGCGGUGGUGGAGGGGCACCCGGUGGUCCCUGAUCUGUCCAUUAUUCUUCACAUGAAAAAUGGGUUACGAGUUAAGGUUACCAAGCGAGAUGACGUGAAGUAAAAAUGUUUGGGUGGCACAGAACAUCGAUGUUACAUAUAUUUGUAUAAGGAUGAAGUAUUUAUAUUAUAUAGUUAUAUUUGUAUCUCAGUGGCAUGCAAGUCUCUUUAGUGUCACAUGUUAUGAACAAUAGUUUAUGACAUUUUCUCCAUAAUAGUGCAUGUAGAGUUGGCCUUUCUUAUUUAUGUAUAACAAUUAUAUCUCUUAUUAAGAAUUGUGCUAAGCAUUGUAAAGAAAA